AUGGUGGGUGAGGAAGAGGCGGGGCUGGGGGCAGCCGUGGAACUCAGAGGCCUGCCCCCCGACGUCCCAGACGAGCUGCUCACACUCUAUUUCGAGAACCGUCGAACCUCUGGGGGUGGACCUGUGUCGAGUUGGCAGAGACUUGGCCGCGGGGGCAUCCUCACCUUCCAGGAGGCUGCAGAUGCAGCAAGGGUCUUGGCCCAGGAGGAGCACACUCUGCACGGCGCUCGGCUGAGCCUGCGGGCAGCCCCACCACGCGCCCCUUCGCGCCUACUACUCCAAGGACUGUCUGCUGGCACGGGACCCCAGCGCCUGGAGCAGUAUGUCCAAGCCCUGCUUUGUGCCGCAGGGCAGCCAGUGCAGCCGUGCCGUGCUCUGGCCAGUCCCCGACCAGACCGGGCCCUGGUGCAGCUGCCCAGGCCCCUUUCAGAGGCAGAAGCCCGUGUCCUGGAGGAGCACGCCCAGGCCCUGAGCCUGGAGGGGGCUGAGGUCUCCCUGGCCUGGGUGCCUCAGGCCCGGGCGGUGCGUGUCGUGGGGGGCAACCCCCCUGCUGACCUGCUGCUGCUGGAGCUGUACCUGGAGAAUGAGCGCCGCAGUGGCGGGGGGCCCCUGGAGAGUGUGCGCAGCCUGCCAGGGCACCUGGGCACCAUCGCUUCCUUCCAGCAGUGGCAGGUGGCCGAACGGGUGCUGCAGCGGGCCCACCAGCUGCAGGGUUCAGAGCUGAGCCUUGUCCCCCAUUACGAUGUCCUGGAGCCCGAGGAGCUCAGCGAGCACACGAGUGGAGCGAACCGCUUGGCCGAGUUGGGGCCUGGGGCCCCCGAGCAUGCUCUCCUGGAGGCUGAAGGGCCAGCAACGGCACAGAAUUGUGCAGGGCAUGUGACAUUGGGCUCUGAGGAGGCACCGAGGCAAACAGGAGCCUCGCUGAGGAGAGGGCCUCUCUGGGACAGGUCCUCUCUGGGACAGGGCAGGCCAGUUAGCUCCGGGCCUGUGGGGCCUUCAGAACAGGAGGGGCUGGUGAGCCCGGGGCCUAUGGGGUCUCCAGGCCCAGUGGAGAUUGCCAUGGAGUCUCUGGAGCAGGUGGUGUCAAUGAGCCUGGGCCCUGUGGGGUCACCAGGGCAGGAGGGCCUGGUGGAGACAGUGCUGCCGAUGGAGCUGGGAGCAAUGCGCUUCAUUCAACUCUAUCACGAGGACCUUCUUGCUGGCCUGGGAGACGUCGCCCUCUUCCCACUCGAGGGAUCAGAUAUGACUGGAUUUCGGCUCUGCGGAGCCCUGGCCCCAUGCCAGGCAGCCGAGGAGUUUCUGCAAAGUCUGCUGGGCAGCGUUAGCUGUCAUGUGCUGAGCCUGAAGCACCCAGGCAGCGCCAGGUUCCAGUAUAGAAUAAAUUUGAUGGCACAGGGUAUGUGUCUGGGGGGUACUGGCAUUCUUUCCCAACAGGUGGACCCCACUGAGGCCCUACAGGCGCUCCCUGGCCACUCCCACACCCUGUGGCCUCCAGACAAUACAGACGGUGACCAGGAGAAUGUGAACCUAGAGGAGGUCCGAGAGCUGCUGGCCGCCCUGGAGGGCCUGGACGGGGAAGACUGGCUGCCACUGGAGCGGGGGGAGGAGGAGCCCGAGGGGCAGCCGGAUGAAGAGAAGACUCCCAGGGCUGGGGAGGGGCCCGUGGAGCCCAGCACCAGGGCGCCUGGGCGGCUGCAGGAGGAGGCCGAGCUGCAGCUGGCUCUCUGCCGCUCACUGGAGCCACAAGGCCAGGUGGCCGAGUGGGAGGAGGCUGUGGCGCUGCAGCGGGCCCUGGCCCUCUCCCUGCUGGAGGCAGAACCGGAGCCCCGGGGUGGGGGGCCUGAUGGCUGCGCCCAGCUGGAGGUGCACGCGGCCUUUGAGCAGGAUAUGGAUGAGCUGGGCCGGGCCCUAGAGGCGGCCUUGGAGGUGCACCUCCGGGAGGAGACGGUGGGGCCCCAGGGCUGCGUGCUGCCCGUGGAGCUGUGCACCCACCUGGAGCGGCGCCACGGCGUGAGCGUUGCCCUUCGUGGUGACCGCACCGUCCUCCGUGGCUUUGGGACCCAGCCCACCCGUGCGGCCCGCCACUUAGCAGCGCUGUGGGCUGGCCCCCGGGAUCAGAGCUUGGCCUUUGCCUUGGCGGCUUCGGGCCCCGCUCUGCCACAGCAGAGGCCGAGGGAGCCCUUGGGCAGGCUGGAGUGUGUGGCCAGGAGCAGCACUGAGUUCCAUACGGUAGUGCAGGCCUUCUACGACACACUGGACGCUGCCCACGGCAGGAUCCGUGUUGUCCAGGUGGAGCGUGUGCUGCACCCGCUGCUGCAGCAGCAGUACGAACUGCACCGGGAGCGCCUGGAGCAGUGCUGUGACCGGCGGCCGGCCGAGCAGGUCCUGUACCACGGCACGUCGGUGGCCACCGUCCCGGACAUCUGCGCGCACGGCUUCAACCGCAGCUUUUGCGGCCGCAACGGCGCGCUCUACGGACAGGGCGUGUACUUCGCCAAGCGCGCUUCCCUGUCGGUGCUGGACCGCUACUCGCCCCCCGACUCCGAGGGUCACAAGGCGGUGUUCGUGGCGCGGGUGCUGACCGGCGACUAUGGGCAGGGCCGCCGCGGGCUGCGGGCACCACCACCGCGGCCCCCCGGCCACGCGCUCCUGCGCUACGACAGCGCGGUGGACUGCCUCCCCCGGCCCAGCAUCUUCGUCAUCUUUCACGACACCCAGGCGCUGCCCACUCACCUCAUCACUUGCAAGCACAUGUCCUGGUCUCCCCCUGGAGACGCCCCUGAGCUCUUGAGCAACUCCCCAGCCACCUAA